CAUGAGUACACAACUUUACAAUUUUACAACGUUUACAAUUAAGAAAAGUAACUUUAGUAUUGGUGCACAAAGUAAAAGUUCCUAGAUACGCGACGGCCAUUUUGAAAGUAACCGAGAAUGACUAGUUUCAUCAUCAUGUUGUCGGAGUGUGGGUCGGGCUCGCGAACGUAAAGGAAAAAAAAGCGCGUCUGGGCAAAGCCAGGAGGGACUCGUAACGUCAAGCCCAGUCGAGCCCUUCGUGCACACUUUUGAUCAAACUCGCCUCGUCAACCGAUGGUCAGUGCACCCUGCGUCCAUAUACAUUGUGAUAAGUUGCUGGACGGUGCCAGUGCGCGGAGCGUUUGUUGUGCCAGCAGUCUCACUUCAACAGGCUCAGUGAUAGCGGGACAGGCGUGGAACAUCCCAACCCUUAUUGCGCGAAUAGAAAGCGAAGGCCGCAUGCGAAACGAGCCGUUGUAGUGUUGUGGACGCUUACCGCCGCUUCCCCCCCGUUCUGCAUGCAUGAAAUAAUAAUUAAUUUCGACGAUUUGAUAGUUUACCGCACACCUUGUUAAUUCUAGAUUGUAUUUCCCAAAACGCACUUGUAACAAGUUUGAAAAAUGCGACGCGGAGGAGAGAUGCAGGUGAAUGUGGCCGGCCUGCGACGCAACCUCAAGAAUCUCGCGCACAACUACUCGGACGCCCAGCGCAAGGUGCGCGAGGCGACCUCCAAUGAUCCAUGGGGCCCCAGCAGCACCAUCAUGGCGGAGAUCUCCGAUCUCACCUACAACGUGAUGGCAUUCAGUGAGAUUAUGCAAAUGAUAUGGAAGAGGUUGAACGAUCACGGCCGCAACUGGAGGCACGUAUACAAGGCGCUCGUCCUGUUGGAGUAUCUCAUCAAGACGGGCAGCGAGAAGGUGGGUCAGCAAUGUAAGGAGAACAUAUUUGCGAUACAGACCUUACAAGACUUCCAGCACCUCGAGGAAGGCAAGGAUCAAGGGCAGAACGUGCGCGAGAAAGCGCGCCAGCUGGCGCAGCUACUACAAGACGACGAGCGACUACGCACCGAGCGCGCCAAGGCCAUCAAGGCGAAAGAGCGCCUCGCGAAGCAGCCGUGUGCGUUCGGGAGCGAUGGCGGUUUGGACACACCGACCAGCCCCAAGUAUCCGCCAUUCCGCGGUGCAGAAUGGAAUAAUAGCCGAGACUCCGGCAGCGAGCUGCCGAACGACCUGGAGAUGGCGCGCCCACAGACCGCAGGCGAGGAGGAUCUUCAGCUGCAGUUGGCGAUUGCUAUGUCAAAGGAGGAGGCCGAGCAGGAGGAGCAGAAGCGACGCUCUGAUGACGUGCGGUUGCAGCUCGCGCUCAGUCAGAGCCAGCAAGACUUCAAAACUACACAGGACAAGCCAAGCGCCAUGCUGGAUCUACUAGACGUCAGUCCCGAUGAGGCUGCGGGCAACAAGAACGUAGAUCCCUGGGGAAUGCCACAAAUACCUAAACCGCAGUUGGGGUUCGGCUCAAUAUUUCUCGAUCACCCUUUUAAUAUGUCCACACAGUGGAAUACCUCUAGCCCAUGGCAUACAAAUACGGCGGCUUCACCGCCAGCGGCAACGAGUGACCCUUGGGCACCAGCGUUGGCAUCAGGCGGCGCAGCAGCAAUGCCUAUGCCAGCGGUGGCGCCUAUGCCUGCAGACCCGUGGAGCCCUAAAGCAAUAUCCACUCCUUUGGUAGAGACAGCAAUACGGAACGACCCAUGGUCGCCGGUCAGUCAAAGCUCCUCCGACUUGGACGACUUUGACGCAAUCACGAACCGCAAUCGGACAAUAUCACCCACCUCCGACGUCACACACAACAACGGUACUACAACGAAUAACAAUUCAGAUCCGUUUGAGUUGAAUUUACUCGGGGACUCUCUACCAAUUACAUCGGCUGGCCCCAGUCCCUCGACGGGAGCGACCAAAAAGACGCCGCAGUCCUUCCUGGGAGAGAAUUCUGCGCUUGUCAACUUGGACAAUUUAGUAACAAGUACAGGUAAACCAGCUAAUCAAAUGAACACGGCGAAUCCGUUCUCGGAGACGACGCAACCGCCGCGCCCUGUCUUCAAUCCGCAGCCGCCAAAACCUACGAUGAAUCAGAUCAAGCAGGCGCCGUUCAUGGCGGCGCCCCAGCUAGGCAGUACGCCGCCGUAUGCUAGUAACUUCAACAACCAGUCGCCGGCAUUUGGCAAUUCCACAGCGCCUUACCCUACGAACGGCGCAUUCCACGCGGUGCCGCAGCCGACGCCGGCCGUCGACCCGUGGACACCGGUACCGUCCAGCAAUUCUACGGCUAGCGCCUCGCAACUGGGCGCACCGUGGAUGAAACCAGGUGAACACGCGAACCCUUUCCUGUCCUAAGAAGCACUCUGUGUCCCCAAUUUUAAUUUUACACAAACUCCCCCAACCGCCCUGCCUUCGAUGUUGUGCGGCAUGUAUUUUUGAAGAACGUAUUUUAAUUUUUAUCACGCCGGUAUUGGACCGGCUCAGCGAGAGAAUGAUGAGAUUUCACCAUAAAUAUUUACCUAUAAUUGCAUAGAGCUUUAUCCGUUACUCAUGUUUCUUCUCGUUUAAAUACGACGAGGAUCGCCGAUUAUUUAUAUUUGAUCAACGCGGUGAAGAGGUAACGAAUGCAACAUUUUAUUUGUGACUUGUGUCGCACUGGACGGGUGUCUAUAAAUUUGUUCAAUGCGUUUGUUGUAGAUUUCGUUUAUAUUCAUUUCCAUUAGGAUUUGUUUAGUUUCCGUUUGCUGCAUGGUCUGUGCAUGGGCCAACGACUCGUAGUUUUGAACGGCCUGUCGAGCCAGUCAUCAUGUCUAACCCCCCGCUCAACAUUUGUUUCAGGUUAUACGUUCUAAACACCCACUAACACUAACUAACUGCACUCAAAUUGACACCUAAAGUAAUUGUCUAUGAUUAAAAAAAAGAUUGAAGCGAAACAAAAGCGAGCAGAACUAACAAAGAAGAACUGAACCGAGGCGACGCUGUGCGAAAUUAAUUCAGCAUCGAUUAUCAUCGUAUCAAUUAUUGUGUUUGUAUCGUUUUACGAGCAUUGCAAACCGACAUCACUAAUCAAAGUAUUUUAUGCAUUUAUUCCAUUUUAUUGAUUCAUUAUCUAUUUUCUUGUGCAUUGUACAAGUGAAGGACAUCACCCUAUCUAUACCUUGGUCGUUUCCUGGCCUAACGAAAAGCGCGUGACGAAAUCUUUGCAACGCUUGAGGAUUAUUUGUGCGAGGAUGAAAUAGCAAAGUUAACAUAACACAACUGCAAUACCGUUUUAAAAUUUAAGUAGGCAAUUUCAGCUUUAUAUUCGUGCGCAUUAUAUUUCAUGCGACUAAACAAAACUAAUUGUAAUCCUUGGAACGAUGGAAGUGCACUUGUUGAAUUAUUUUAAAUGUUUAACGUUUUUGGAGCACCCUCUCCUCGAUAAAAGGCGCAGACAAACGAAAUCUAUACGAGCGAAGAAAACAAGCAACCAAACACCAAAAUUUCAUUAGGCGUACAUUUUAAUAUUGCUAAACCCUUUACAUAAAUGUUGUGUUUUAAUUUGAUAUAAGAGGAUGAGCCGAGGAGAUAGAGAAAAAAAAAUGAACGCAUUGUAAUAUUAAUUAUUCUACAAUAUGAUUACUAAUAAUGGUGCAAAGUUAUUUAUAUAUAAUAUAUAUAUACAUAUAUUUAUAUAUGAACUUAUAAUUAUUAUAAUGAAUUACAUAAUGUGUUAUCAAGAAUCAA